CACUGGCAAACUCAACUGCGGGAAAGAGUGGAUUAUACAUGUGUAAAAUUUGAGUUAACUUUUUUGAAGAGAGACAAUUUUAUUUUGAUAACAUCUUAUCCACAUUUACAAUUAUGAGUUGUUCCAGUAGAGCUGCCAUGCUUCAGGCAGCUCUUCUUUUUCGUGAGUCUACUACUAGCAGGACCGCCGUUGGUCGUAGGUUAUUUGAUAAACUGUCGUCAUCUUAUCGACCGUGUCGUCGUUGCAUUUCAACCUCGUCUCCGCCACGAAGGAGGGAGGAUGGUCGAGAUGGAGGGAGUCAUCAGUUGGUUAAUAAUCCAUUCGCCAGGGACUUUGGAAAGUAUGAUAAGGUUAAGUUGGGCAAUGUGACGACUGUCGAACGUAAAAUCCCGGACCACAUUCAGAAACCAGAUUAUUGGAAGACGGGCCAUCCAAACUUGCAACUGGGAGCGAGAACAAUUGAAAUUAAGAAACCUGAGUCCAUUGAUAAGAUGAGGAAUGCUUGCCUCCUUGCGAGGAAGGUUUUGAACGCUGCAGUUAAGCAGGUCAAGCCUGGUAUGACGACGGAGGACAUUGACGACUUUGUGUUCAACUACACGAUCCAACAGGGCGCUUAUCCGUCACCGCUGAACUAUCGAAAUUUCCCAAAGUCUGUGUGCACUAGUGUGAACAAUGUGGCGUGCCAUGGGAUUCCAGACGAUAGGAAAUUGGUGGAUGGGGACGUUAUUAAUAUUGAUGUUAUGGUCUACAUUGACGGCUUUCAUGGCGAUUGCUCAACCACAGUCGGUGUCGGAAAUGUUGAUGAGAUGGGGUUGAAAUUACUCGAAGCGGCGAAAGCGUGUUUAGAUUAUGGAGUGAUGGUUUGCGCACCGGGCGUUCCUUUUCAAAGAAUUGGUCAAACUAUUGAAGAUGUCGCCGAAGAGAAAGGGUUCACCGUUGUUCCUUGUUUUACCGGACAUGGAAUCGGACAUCAAAUUCAUGCUGCCCCUGACAUAUAUCACAUUGAUUAUCCAUACCCUGGAAAAAUGGAGGUUGGAAUGACUUUCACCGUCGAACCCGUACUCACCCAGGGGAUGGAAAACAUCGUCGUGUUAGAAGAUGGUUGGACCGCAGUGACCUUGGAUGGGGCUCGAACAGCUCAAUUCGAACACACGAUUCUUAUUACGGACUACGGGGCAGAGAUCUUAACGCUGCCAGAAAACGACUGAAAUUCCUUAUUACCUUUCCGAUUCUCAAUUUCCCAAUGUUUUGCCAUGUUCAUUGUUUAGUAUAUUAGUUAGUAUAUCCCAGAGUUUUAGAUGCUGCGUCAUCCAUUCUACUCAAAUAAAAAUAUGAGCUUACAUAAACAUGUAAUCGGGCAUAAUGGAAGAAACGCCAUGUGUGGAUUUUGUCAUGUAAAAUGUAGUUGUCAAAUUAUUUUAUUAAAUAUUUAAAACCUCCCGUACACGUUUUUAACAAGUUUACCAACUUGUUUUGUAUUUCUUCUUGACAUCAUUACUGGAAAAUUCUACACCGAUUAAGGUAGCAACUUAAAUUAGGAUAAUAUUCGAUAUUACUAUGCAUAGUCGGCGGAUUUAUAUUCUGACUACUCGUCGGGUUUAGGCAUGUAAUGCAAUAGUAGUGUGUGUACCUGACUAUUUGAGAAUAAACUAUUCAGAUUUUUA